AUGGCCGCUAUUGAUGAAAAACAGCUGGAUAUAACGAUGGUUGAUGAACAAAGAAAAGGAUGCGAUUGCGAGAGUUGUCGUUUUUUCCGAACGACAGAUCCGUUUUAUUUAAGGUCGUAUGCACCAGGUCCACCGAAGGAAAGCGUUUAUUGUUCCUGUGAAGCAUGUCAACUAGUUUAUCCAAAUGAUCCUCGAUUAAAAAAAAAGCAAAGAACAAGAACAACAAUAACACUGCCUGUGCCACAUUUUUCUUUGACUUCAAUUCCAAAGUGUCAGCAGAAAGACGAAUCCGUUGUCAAGGUUGACCUUGCGGAACGAGUACGAAAGGUACAAUUAAAAUUAAAUAUUUUAAAAGAGAGAAGACAACAAGAAACAAAAAAACGGUGCAAAGUAUCUAGAUGGGAUAUUUUGCCCUCUACAAACCUCAUUGCAAUCCAGCCACCAAUAAACAGUGAAGAAGCAGAUCUACCAUUGCAGGCAGCAUCUAUUCCAACUGAAAGUGCUAAAAUUCCAAAUCAAAACUUGAGUUUUUCCGAAGAAGAUUCAUUUGAGGAGUCGGAACCGGAAGAGAACCCAGAGAAUUUUGCAAACGUCGACUCAGAUGCACCCUCUGAGGUAAAUGAAAAUAUCGAGGCCGUGAACGAGGAAGAUAAAGAUGAUGAUGAUGAUAAUCAGAAAAAAAUCCCAUUUUCAUCGUCAAGCUCAUCUUCUACAUCAGGCUCCUCUUCAUCAUCAGGAUCAUCUUCAUCAUCAGGCUCAUCAUCAUCGUCAGGCUCAUCAUCAUCGUCAGGCUCAACUUCAGAUUCAUCUUUAUCGACAGGCUCAACUUUAAGCAAUAAAAAAAGAAGGAAAAAAAUGGACAAGAGGUCAUGUAAAAAGUCCAGAAAAAGUUAA